GUUAUUUUAGGUAAUAAUAUAAAUAUUUAGAAUAUGCAGCGAGGCAAGCCGACGCGUAAGAAAGGGCAGCCUUCUUCUUCUGAUGUUAAACUACCAAAAAUACCAAAAAUUCAAAUGCCGGAAGAUUUUAAAAUUAGAACUCAACCUUUAUUUUCACUUCCGAUGGAAAUUUUGAAACUACCUCCGCCUACAUCUAAGGGAGCCAAACUACAAGCUUCCAAAGGUGGUUCAAGAAAAAGAUCCAGCGUGAUGCAGAGCUUCACAGCAAUGAGAAAAGCCAGAGAGGAUUUUAGAGCAAAAUUAAUGAACCUGAUAUGCCAAUCGGCUUCUGGCGAAGAUAGUGAUGCAAUUCCGUCUGGCGAGGAAAAGAACAUGUUGCGAUAUUAUUACUAUUUACGAUAUGGCAUAGAUACUAUACACGUCGCACCGUUGGACAAUAAAAUGAUUUUGCGUGUUCACAAUUUAAUAUCAAUGAAAUUAAAAAAAUGGAGGGAAUGUUUGCUUACUGCCACGGAAGAAAUGCGUGAAGAUUUCAUGAUGAGCAUGAAGAAGGCUAUCGUGGAUUUUGUACUUAAGGAUCCAAAUACGGAAGAGUCCUUAGAUGAUGAGGAUACACCGCUCAAGAAGGAGUUGGCUAUGAAAGACGAUGCUUGGAGAAAUCGCUACGCAGUCGCUAAGAGAUAUCUGCACAAGAACCUCCACAGCGUCAACCCGUGUAUUGCUCAAGUUUUACAGAUUUGGUGGAAACAAUAUAAUGACCUGCGGUUGAUUAGCAUGAAAGACAUUAUGACGACUAACGAGGCAUACGAGCUGCAAGAUUUUUGCUUCGUUUGCAAGCGGCACAUUGAGGCGGCGGGCAACGUGCUCACGCUCCAAUGGCUGCCUACUUUACAGGCGGUCUUCUUACAGGGCAGCAAGAAGAAACAGAUACCGGAUCCGAAACAAGUGUCCAAAAUGAGGAAGUUUUAUAACUGUUUAUCCUGCAUUAUGACGUACAAUCUUCAGACUCUGUGCUUAAAGUCCAUGAAAGAUUUCACAGAAUACACCCUCGAUGUUGGGGGAAUGAAUCAAGGAUUCGUUAUAAACUUGGCUUUCAAAGACGACGCUAUAGGAUUCGACCCAACGUUUAAGCAGUUUCGAGAUCAGUUAUGCCUUCUAUAUGACUUCAUUAUCGACGCAUGCAGACAGGCUCCGCGACUGGAAACUUUAUUGUAUCAAGACUAUGUUAUUACAAGUAGAGCUACUCUUCGGCCAAUAAUUGACAACGAUAUUGUGGAGGACUAUAAGGCCAAGGUAGCGGAUUUAAUAAAUGAACAAAAAAUUGGACCAGAACUUCGUAUACAAGAUUUCGAUAACUUCGUGUGUUUACUCAAUGGAGAGUCACAACAGCAAGUUGAAAGUUUUAUAAACUCUGAACCCGAGAAAACUUUCGAAGAAUACUGUAAAGAAGCUGCAAAAUAUGUGACUUUGGCAAAGGAAAUACCUUCCAAGUUGGAAGGGACAAUAGUGAUCGGAAUGUUCCGGAUGCAGCGAGGUGAUCUAAUCAACACAUUACGCGGAGCGGCCUCAAGGCUUGCUAACACGUUGCUUCGAAGGAUGACCGAAGAUUAUCAAAACAUGAUUAAGGCAAUUUACGACGAGUAUGCAUCGAUAGCGAAUACUUUACUCACUCCGCCUCAAGAUACGGCAGCUUUGAUGGAUCUUAUCGAAUACAAUAAGAAGGUAGAACAGACAAUUGUCGAAGAAAUGGAGGACAAACUUCGAAAUGUAUUGCGAUAUAUUAUAUUUUUAAGUGAUUACACCGCAUUUACCCCUCUUGAAAUGAAAGCAAAUAAUCAAUCAUUUCACUGGUAUGGUCGCAUGCCUGGUGUCGUUGAAGAGUGCAAAGUAAUUUGCGAUCAAAAGAAAAUAGAGUAUCAAGAAUUACUACAGGUCCGUAUUGCCAAAUUUAUCGAUGACUUGGAAAUUUACGAGGCACAAAGCGAUGAACUUAAAUAUUGGGGUGACAUUAACGAACUUUCUAAAUACGUGACACGUGCCCGCCGCUUGGAUGAGAAGUUAUCAAUGGCUUUAACUAAAAUAGACCAAUUCAAUGAAGAAGAAACCUCAUUUGGAUGGGAAUUAUCGCAAUAUCCAAAGAGAAAAGCGAUUUACGAUAGACUUGUGCCAUACAAGAAAUUGUAUGAUGCGGGAUAUGAAUUUUUAGAAAAAUAUAACACAUGGAUGAUUUCUAAGGUAGGAAGCUUCGAUCCUGAAGACAUAGAAGGUGAUGUUAGUUAUUUUUAUAAGACUGUAUACAAGCUGGAAAAAUCAUUUCAAGAGGUACCCGCAACAUUUCAACUGGCUCAAUCAGUAAGAAUGAAAAUGGAAGACUUUAAAACACACUUGCCGAUUAUUCAAACAUUGGGUAACCCUGGCAUGAAACCUAGACACUGGGAGAAAGUUUCCGACAUUGUUGGAUUUCCGAUCAUUGUGGAUGAAGAAUUAUCGUUAGCAAAAGUCAUUGACUUCAACCUAGUCGAUUAUAUUGAAAAGUUCGAGAGCAUAUCAGAGGCAGCGACGAAAGAAAACAACCUUGAAAAGGCGCUCGACAAGAUGAUCAAAGAAUGGGCUGAAUUAAAAUUCGAAAUUUUACCAUACAAGGAUACCGGAACUUACAUUUUGUCGAGUGUUGAUGAAAUUCAGCUCUUGUUAGAUGACCAUAUUGUAAAAACUCAGACCAUGAAGAAUUCGCCGUACAUAAAACCAUUUGAAGAGAUUAUUAUUGAUUGGGAAGCAAAACUGAUACUGCUUCAGGAAAUUCUGGACGAAUGGUUGAAGGUUCAAGCAACGUGGAUGUAUUUGGAGCCUAUCUUUUCGUCUCCCGAUAUUCAGCAGCAAAUCCCAGAAGAGGGACGCCGAUUUAGCGCUGUUGAUAAGAUGUGGCGUGAAAUAAUGAAAGCUUCAUACACUGAACCAAGGGUAUUAGACGUGAUCACCAUAGAUAAGAUGUUGGAUCGAUUGCGUAAGUCAAAUAAUCUAUUGGAGAUGGUCCAGCGAGGUCUCAAUGCUUACCUCGAGAAGAAGCGUCUAUACUUCCCACGUUUCUUCUUCUUAUCUAAUGACGAGCUUCUUGAAAUUCUUUCUGAAACUAAAGACCCAAUGCGCGUACAACCCCAUCUCAAGAAGUGCUUCGAGGGAAUUGCAAAGCUUAACUUCACUGAAGAAAUGGUGGUAACGCACAUGAAGUCGUCUGAAGGAGAAGUCGUAGGACUUACUAUGACUAUAAAUACCGCGGCUGCUAGGGGUCAGGUGGAAAAAUGGUUGUUGGAACUAGAAAAAUCAAUGAAAGCAUCCGUUCACCAUGUUGUUGCACUGUCAUUCGAUAAUUAUUUGGAGUGUCCUCGCGAACAGUGGGUUCUUAUAUGGCCGGGACAAGCUGUACAAUGUAUAGCAAUGACAUUUUGGACAUCUGAAGUGACUGACGCGAUUCACUUAAGCGUCAAGGCUAUGAGAGGUUACUGGGAUAAAUGUAACUACCAAAUAUCUAAAAUUGUAGAUCUAGUGCGUGGUGCACUAAGUUUACAAAACCGGAUUACUCUUGGAGCGUUAGUAGUGCUGGAUGUCCAUGCUAGAGAUGUGCUUAUGGAAUUAAUAGAGUUUAAUGUGCAACAAGACAACGACUUUAACUGGCUGUCGCAAAUUAGAUAUUAUUGGGAGUUGCAAGAAGAAGACAACAGCAUGCAAAUAGCAACACGUAUGAUUAAUUCACAGCUUAUGUACGGUUACGAGUACCUCGGCAACACUGGAAGACUGGUAGUUACGCCACUAACCGAUAGAUGCUUCAGGACACUUUUUGGAGCACUACAUUUGAAUUUGGGUGGAGCCCCUGAAGGGCCAGCUGGUACCGGUAAGACAGAGACUACAAAAGAUUUGGCAAAAGCGGUUGCAAAGCAGUGUGUUGUGUUUAAUUGUUCUGAUGGUCUUGAUUACCUAGCUCUUGGCAAAUUUUUCAAGGGGUUGGCGUCGUGCGGAGCCUGGUCGUGCUUCGACGAGUUUAAUAGAAUUGACCUCGAGGUGCUAUCCGUGGUUGCGCAACAAAUUUUAUCUAUUCAGCGGGGAAUCAACUCUGGAGCAACAGAACUUCUAUUUGAAGGGACUUUGCUAAAUUUGGACAAAUCUUGUGCCGUUUUCAUUACCAUGAAUCCCGGUUACGCUGGACGAUCGGAAUUGCCGGACAAUUUAAAGGCACUUUUCCGAUCAGUGGCUAUGAUGGUGCCAGACUACGUGCUGAUAUCGGAAAUCGAACUUUAUGCGUUCGGAUACCUGAAUGCAAAACCACUAGCAGUUAAAAUUGUCGCCACUUACAAACUCUGUUCCGAGCAACUCUCGUCCCAGAGCCAUUAUGAUUACGGUAUGCGUGCUGUAAAAUCAGUACUCCGCGCGGCUGGUGCUCUAAAGCUGCGGUACCCUGACGAAGUGGAAGACGUCAUUUUGUUACGCUCCAUUAAGGACGUCAAUCUUCCGAAAUUCUUAGAGCAUGACGUGCCACUGUUUAUGGGCAUCAUAGGAGACUUAUUCCCUGGACUACCUCUGCCGGAAGCAGGUCUUCCGCAUUUGGUAGCUUGCUUGAAGGAGGCUUGUGUACCUCUUAAUUUGCAAGCCAAUGAUUUCUUCAUAGAAAAAGUCCUCCAAUUAUACGAAAUGAUUCUUGUAAGACAUGGCUUGAUGUUGGUAGGAUUUCCAUUCUCUGGUAAAACUAAAUGCUACCACGCCCUUGGUGGUGCAUUGGGCUUAGUUUCUGAAAAGGGCUUGAUGGACGAAAAUGCAGUAGAGUGGACAGUGAUAAAUCCGAAAUCCAUAACCAUGGGGCAGCUGUAUGGGCAAUUUGAUCCAGUUUCUCACGAAUGGUCUGAUGGUAUUCUUGCAGUCAGCUACAGAGCUUUUGCAGUUUCAACUAAUGAUAACAGAAAGUGGUUGAUUUUCGACGGUCCAGUAGACGCAAUUUGGAUAGAAAAUUUGAACACCGUGUUGGAUGAUAAUAAGAAGCUUUGCCUGAUGAGCGGCGAGAUUAUUCAGCUUGCUCCCACCACAAACCUUGUCUUCGAGCCUAUGGACCUUGAAGCGGCUUCACCAGCAACCGUGUCACGUUGCGGUAUGAUAUACAUGGAGCCAAAAGGACUAGGUUGGAAAUGUUUGAUGGAAUCAUGGCUCAAUACGCUUCCGGCAACGUUGCACGGAUUCAAUCGCAACUAUAUUCGUACUCUAUUCAAUCGAUUUAUGUCGCCGCUGCUUUGGCUUGUUGAACUCUCUGGAAAAGUUAAGCAAAUGUAUGUUACUUCACGAAGUAACUUGGUCAAUGCAUGUAUGAUGCUUUUUGAUAGUUUUAUGGACGAUUUUUAUGAUGAGAAAUAUGUUGAGGCCUUAUCAGACCUCGAUAUUAGAGCUCAACUUGAGGGAGUAUUUUUCUUCUCGACGAUUUGGUCUAUUGGAGCGACACUAGAAAGCGAUGGGCGUCCCAAGUUCGAUAUGCUAUUUAGGGGCCUACUUGAGAAGGAAUUCCCUGAAAAGGUAAUAGAAAUCUUAGGUUAUCCUAAAGAAAUUGCAAAGCCCGAUAAAGCGUACAUAUUCACAUUACCUAAAGAAGGAACAGUUUAUGAUUAUCGUUUCAUAAAAGAGGGCAAAGGGAAAUGGAAACCCUGGCAAGACGAUGUAGUUUCCGCGCCUCCAAUCAGUCGUGACACUCCUCCUAAUCAGAUCCUGGUGACAACUCUGGACAGUGUGCGAUACUUGGCUCUGUUCAAGUUACUGGUAACCCACCAUAAGGCAGUGAUGAUGGUUGGACCUACCGGGACUGGGAAAUCAUCGUAUAUUAUUGAUUUUCUAGUGAAGAGGGUGGAUACAAAAGUAUAUAAAGCCCUAAUUAUGGCAUUUUCUGCACAAACAAAUUGCAAUCAGACACAAGAUAUAAUUAUGGGUAAAUUGGAUAAAAGGCGAAAAGGCGUAUUCGGCCCUCCAAUCGGUUGCUAUUGUGUUGUAUUCGUGGACGAUGUCAGCAUGCCGCAAGCUGAGACGUACGGCGCUCAGCCACCUAUUGAAGUUCUGCGGCAAGGGAUCGAUCUCGGCCUGUGGUACGACCGUAAAACUAAUGUUGCGAUGCAUCUCACAGAUGUUCAGUUUAUGUGUGCUAUGGGUAAGCCCACGCCGGGUGCAAAGCUCAUAACGCCACGGUUCUCACGACACUUCUCGUUCUUUUGCAUUGACGAGUUUGAUGAUGAAACUCUAAAAGUAAUCUUUGGAAGAAUUAUGUUAUGGCAUUUAGAUACAAGAGGAUUUUCAAAGGAUUUCGACCCGUGUAUAGAAGAAUUAGUUUCUGGUACAUUAGAAGUAUAUAAGCAGUGUAGACUAAACUUAUUGCCUACACCAUCUAAAUCUCAUUAUACAUUUAACUUACGAGAUUUCUCUAAAGUUAUAUUGGGCGUUUUACUUUCGGUGCCAGAAGUAACUCCAGACCUUCAGUCUAUAAAACGGUUAUGGGUCCACGAGUGUCUUCGUGUGUUUUCUGACCGGCUGACGGAAGACUCAGAUCGUCAGUGGCUGGUGAGUUGUCUUAGAGAGGCAACGGGUCUCCAUCUUAAUGACGAGUUUGACAAGUUACUUGCGCGACUACUUGAGGAACCUGAUGAUAAGAUAACGGAUCGACAUCUACGCAAUCUUAUUUACUGUGACUUUGCCAAUCCGAAAGUGGAUACGCGUUUUUAUAUGGAGACUACGAAUAUGGAACAUUUGAACUCAACAGUAGACGCAUAUCUCGUAGAGUUCAACAAUAUGUCUAAGAAACCAAUGAAUCUCGUGCUUUUUAGGUUUGCGAUUGAGCACGUAUCAAGGAUCUGUCGCGUGCUCACUCAGCCACGCUCGCAUGCGUUGUUGGUAGGCCUGGGUGGCUCAGGCCGGCAGUCCCUCACGCGUCUCGCUGCUCACAUCAAUGAAUAUGAUCUUUUCCAGGUUGAAAUGAGUCGUACUUACGGCAAAACCGAAUGGCGUGAAGAUUUGAAAACUUUGUUAAGAAAAUCAAGUACUCCUGACUUGCAUAUGGUAUUUCUGUUUAUUGAAUCCCAAAUAAAAGAGGAAGGUUUCUUGGAAGAUGUUAACAACAUGCUGAACUCUGGUGAAGUUCCGAACAUUUUUGUUGCUGAUGAAAAAGCAGAGCUUUGUGAAAAGAUGCGAGUUAUUGAUCGGCAACGUGACAAAUCUCUUCAAACAGAUGGCACCCCAACCGCUUUAUACGCGUACUUUGUGUCCAUAGUACGUGAUCAAUUGCACAUUGUGCUUGCAAUGUCGCCCGCUGGCACAUCAUUGCGCACUCGUAUCCGGAAGUUUCCCUCCCUCGUCAACUGUUGUACCAUCGACUGGUUUCAGGAAUGGCCACCAGAUGCUUUACUUGCUGUUGCAACACGGUUUCUAAAAGAUAUUGAACUUACUGAACUAGAACGAGGAACAGCUAUUAAGCUGUGCCAAAUGUUCCAUACGGACACGCAAGAAUUAACAAAGCAAUUUCUGUUACGACUCAAGAGAUAUAAUUAUGUCACGCCUACAGCUUAUCUAGAGCUUAUUAACAUGUUCAAAUCACUAUUAAGCAAGAAGAGAACAGAAUUGUUAUCCAGUGAAAAACGCUAUAUUACUGGGUUAGACCAGCUUGCAAUAGCAGCGAAAUCCGUUGCUGCAUUACAAGAAGCGUUGGAAGUAUUACAACCUAAAUUAGCCGCCGGAGCUGCCGCUGUUGCUGAGACUACCGCUAAGGUGGAGAAAGAGAAGGAAGGAGUUGCUCUUGUCGAAGCAGAAGUACUCGUUGAUCAAGCUGCGGCAGAAGAACAGGCAAGAGAAGCCCAGGGUAUCAAAGACGAGUGUGAUGCGGAUCUCGCAGAAGCGAUGCCAAUUCUCAAUUCUGCGUUGGCCGCGCUGGAUACUUUGACACCUCAGGAUAUUACUUUUAUCAAGACAAUGAAGAGCCCUCCCCGAGGAAUAAAACUUGUCAUGGAAGCUAUCUGCAUAUUGAAGGAAAUGAAACCCGAUAAAAUUCCGAAUCCUUCUGGAGUGGGUACUAUUGAAGAUUAUUGGGGUCCAUCGAAGAAGUUGCUGAAUGACAUAAAGUUCUUAGAAUCUUUGCAAAAUUACGAUAAGGAUAAUAUUCCACCUGCUGUUAUGAAGAAACUUAUGACUACUGUGAUGCAGGACGAUGGGUUUGUACCUGAAAAGAUCAGAGCUGUGUCGGUUGCUGCUGAAGGUAUGUGUAAAUGGGUGAUUGCAAUGACGAAAUACGAUAAAGUUGCAAAAGUGGUUGCACCGAAAAAGCAGCGACUAGCGGCCGCGCAAGCUGUCUACGAUAAAGCUAUGGCUGCGUUGGCCGUCAAACAAGCACAGUUGAGAGAGGUGCAACUGAAACUGGGAAAACUAGAAGAUGCGCUGUCAGAGCAAAAUCGCCAACAAAGGAUGCUAGACGACGAGGUUAUGGAUUGCAGUAAUAAGCUGAAGAGAGCUGAGAUGCUCAUUUCUGGGCUAGGAGGAGAAAAGCAUAGAUGGACGCAGAUAGCUAAAACAUUACGAGAGACUUACAACACACUAACUGGAGACAUAUUAAUUGCAGCUGGGAUUAUUGCUUAUUUAGGACCAUUUACAGCUGCAUUUAGAAAUGACCAAGUAAAGAAAUGGGCCCAUGCAUGUCACGAUUGUGGAAUUGUUUGCACUCUGAACUUUAGCCUAAUAAAGUCUUUGGGCGAACCUGUUACCAUUCAACAGUGGAACAUCGACGGCUUGCCUGCGGAUGACUUCAGCGUUGAGAGUGCAAUUAUUAUCAUGACAGCUCGACGUUGGCCGUUAAUGAUAGAUCCACAGGGUCAAGCCAAUCGCUGGAUAAAGAAUAUGGAGAAGCCAAACAAUUUAUGUGUGGUACGGAUGGCACAAGCUGAUCUUGGUCGCGUGUUAGAAAACGCCGUGCAAUUUGGACAGCCGGUUUUACUUGAAAAUGUGCUUGAGGAGCUUGACCCGAUGUUGGAACCAUUACUGCAACAGCAAACUUUCAGACAAGGUGGUGCACUAUGUAUUAAGAUUGGAGAUACCAUCGUUGAAUAUAAUAAAGAUUUUAAAUUGUAUAUAAGCACGAAAUUGGCAAACCCACAUUACCUGCCUGAAGUCGGUGUCCGAGUAACAUUAGUAAACUUCAUGUUAGCCAAAGACGGUUUACAAGCACAGUUGCUCUCACGAGUGGUGGCUCGAGAACGACCAGAUUUACAACAAGCCAAGGCAGAUUUAACAACGCAAGGGGCAGAGCACCGUCGACUUUUACAAGAUAUUGAAAAAAAAAUCCUUAAUGUUUUAUCCACCUCGGAGCAUUUGCUAGAGGAUGAGGAAGCUGUGCAGAUUCUCAACUCCGCUAAAGAUAUGUCGAAUGAAAUCAAAGAGAAGCAAGAGGUAGCUAUGGUUACGGAAAAGGCGAUCGAUGUAGCCCGAGACGAUUAUGUACCGAUCGCUGUACAUUCAACAAACUUAUUUUUCCUUAUCGCUUCUCUGGCAAAUAUUGACCCAAUGUACCAAUACUCGCUGGGCUGGUUCGAGGGUCUGUUCACGGGGUCUAUUGACAAUACCGAGAAGGUGGAGGACAUUCCCCAAAGGCUCGCAAUUUUACGCGCCCAUUUUACAUACUCACUGUACGCAAACAUCUGCAGGAGUCUUUUUGAAAAGGAUAAACUGGUAUUCUCACUACUUCUCACCGUUACCAUUAUGGUUGCGGAAAGUAGCUUAGAGCAAGGCGACGUGAUGUUCUUGCUAGCUGGCGCACAGCCACGCCAUGUUCCACCGAACCCGGUCUCAUUUCUUAGCCCUCAAGCUUGGUCAGAAUUAAACGGACUUAACGAGAUCGAAAAGUUCCACGGCAUUAUAGACCAUUUUAUGAAAAAUAUAUCGCAAUGGGAAUCAUUCUGCGAUUCACUGGAUCCCCACAAUCAACCCUUACCCGAACCGUGGAAUAAGCAGCUUAGUAUGUUUGAGAAAAUGUGUGUCCUACGAUGCAUGCGUCUAGAUAUGAUGGUACCAGCUGUUCAAAACUUUGUCGAGGCGCAAAUGGGGCGUCCGUUCGUAGAGCCACCGUUGUUUGAUUUAGCUUCAUCGUACUCAGAUUCGCACUGCUGUAUACCGCUAUUGUUUGUUCUUACUCCGGGCUCGGAUCCUAUGGGGACUCUUCUUAAAUUUGCUGACGAUCAGGGUUUUGGAUCAUCACGCUUGUUCUCGCUGUCUCUUGGACAAGGGCAAGGCCCUAUAGCAGUCAAGUUGAUUGAUGAAGGCAUCAGAAGCGGCACGUGGGUUGUGUUGCAAAACUGUCACUUAGCUAAAAGCUGGAUGCCGAUGCUAGAGAAGAUUUGUGAGAGCCUGACACCUGACUCAACGCAUCCUGACUUUAGACUGUGGUUAACGUCUUACCCGGCGGAUCAUUUCCCAGUUUAUGUUUUACAAAAUGGUGUGAAAAUGACAAACGAGCCACCCCAAGGUCUAAGAGCGAACAUCGCACGCUCGUACCAAAGCGACCCAAUAAACGACAUGGAGUGGUUCGAAGGCAACAAACAGCCGGAAAACUUCAAGAAGCUUCUGUUCGCACUUUGCUUCUUCCACGCCGUGGUGCAGGAGCGACGGCAGUUUGGCCCACUCGGGUGGAAUAUUCGGUACGAGUUCAACGAAACCGAUCUGCGCAUCAGUGUGACACAGCUGUACAUGUUCCUCAAUGAAUACGAAGACGUACAAUUUGUGGCGCUCCGGUACCUUACUGGCGAGUGCAAUUACGGUGGUCGCGUCACCGAUGAUUGGGACCGUCGCUGCCUUAACACCAUUCUCCAUAAGUUCUACAACCCACGCGCCAUUGAUGAAGACAAAUACCCUCUCGAUCCAACAGGCACAUACUACGUUCCGACUCUACGAGAGCACGCAGAUUUUAUCCUAUUCGCGCGAUCUCUACCCGUGGCGACUCCGCCCAGCGUGUUCGGCUUCCACCCCAAUGCUGAUAUAACUAAACAUUUCCGAGAAGCCGAAGAACUUCUUAACACCGCAGUUCUCACACAGGAUCGCACGGAUCGCCUCAAAGAGUAUUUGGACACAAUGGCCGCCGGAGGGGCAGGCACUACUCCCGAACAACAGGCCAUGGCUAUCGCGGAAGAUGUUUUAGCCAGGCUACCGAACAAGAUCCUGAGGGGUCCAUCGCAUGAGGGCGAUAUCAAGCCCGCAGACAUGACGCCCAUGUCCAUUGUCGUAAUACAGGAGGCGGCCAGAUACGAGCGACUCGUUAGCGUAGUACGGACCAGCUCAAGGGCUGUCAUCGGAGCUGUUCAGGGCGUGAGUGUCCUAACGGAUAUAACGGAAGAAGUACUUACGAGUAUGGUACGCGGACGCAUCCCAGCCUUGUGGGCCGGCAAAAGCUACCCGUCGCUUAAGCCACUCGCUGCCUACUUCAACGAUCUGCUGGCAAGACUUGAAUUCCUUCAGCAUUGGCAUCAGUACGGGCCGCCGGUUGUGUUCUGGUUGUCGGGCUUCUACUUCCCCCAGGCGUUUCUCACAGCGGCCCAGCAGAGCUACGCACGCAAAUACAAGAUACCAAUUGAUCAGCUCGCCUUCCACUACGAGGUGCAACGGACGUUCACUCUAGAGACGCCUCCGGACGAGGGCGUGUACAUCCACGGCUUGUUCAUGGAAGGCGCUCGCUGGAACAUGGAGGACUACAUGAUGGACGAAUCAAUUCCUAAAGUGCUCUACGAUGAUUUCCCACCGGUAUGGCUGAUUCCGCUAAAGCGGGAGGACAUCCCAACGGACGUAUUCUACAACUGCCCUCUGUACAAAACGGGAGACAGACGAGGAGUGCUCUCUACUACGGGCCAUUCCACCAACUACAUCCUGUUCAUGCGCCUUCCUACCACACAGCAUCCUGACCAUUGGAUAAUGCGUGGAGUUGCUUUACUGACGCAGCUGCCCUUCUGAAUGGACCAAGCUUCCUUUACUUGCGAACAAAGGCGAACUCAACAAAUGGCUUCUCUUCUAACAGGUAAUGAAGAAAGCUUUCAGUAACAAAUUUCAUAAAAAUAAUGAAUGUUAUAUUUUAUAUUAUUACGUUAAAUUAUUAUUGCGAAGUUAGUAAAUUUGAUUUAUUACGUUUAUCUUGUGACCUGACCGAAAAUUAUAAACAAAGAAAAAUAAAAUAUCCCACUACAAGUUUGCCGUUAACUGCAAUCGCGUCUGGUGGUAAGUGAUGAUACAGUCUACGAUGGUAACGGGCUAAACUUUUAGUUUGGCAGUUUAUUAAAAGGCAUACCAGUAAUUAAUUUAUCGUUUCGGAACGCUAAAGCACUUGGCAGCACACGUCUUUGUUGGUAGGAUGGUAACUAACCACGGCCAAGGCGUCCCACCA